AUGGAGCACAGCCAUAUCUUCACCUCCCUGCCGUCCAACAGCAGCGCGUGGAGCCCCAGCCAGACCCUCCGGGGAUGCCCCCUCGGUCCCCUGCCCGUCAUCUACUACAGCACCCUGCUCUGCCUGGGCCUGCCGGCCAACAUCCUGACGGUCAUAAUCCUGUCCCAGCUGGUGUCGCGGCGUCAGAAGUCCUCCUACAACUAUCUCCUGGCGCUGGCGGCGGCCGACAUCCUGGUGCUCCUCCUCAUCGUGUUCGUGGACUUCCUGCUGGAGGACUUCAUCCUGGGGGCGCAGCUGCCGCCCUCCCUCAACAAGGCGGUGCAGGUGCUGGAGUUCUCCUCCAUCCACACCUCCAUCUGGAUCACCGUGCCGCUGACGGUGGACCGCUACAUCGCCGUGUGCCACCCGCUGCGCUACCACACCGUGUCCUACCCCGGGCGCACGCGCCGCGUCAUCCUGGCCGUCUACCUGGGCUGCCUGCUCACCAGCGCCCCCUUCUACUGGUGGCCGGACCUGUGGCAGGGGCUGCCGGGCGGCGGGGGCAGCCUGGGGCAGCAGGUGCUGGUGUGGGCGCACUGCGCCAGCGUGUACCUGGUGCCCUGCUCCAUCUUCUUCGCGCUGAACUCGGUGAUCGUGCACAAGCUGCGGCGGAGGAGCUGCUUCCGGCUGCGCGGCUACUCCACGGGCAAGACCACGGCCAUCCUGCUGGCCAUCAUCGUGUUCGCCGUGCUGUGGGCGCCGCAUGUGAUGAUCCUCUACCACCUGUACGCGGCGCCGCCCGCCGCCCCGGGGCCCGCCCGGCUGCUGCACCUGCUCAACGACGUGGCCAACAUGCUGGCGCUGCUCAACACCGGCAUCAACUUCUUCCUCUACUGCUUCAUCAGCAAGCGCUUCCGCGGGAUGGCGGCCGCCAUGCUGCGGGCCUUCUUCCGCUGCCAGAAGCAGCCGGCGCCCUUCUACGCCGGCCACAACUUCUCCAUCACCAGCAGCCCCUGGAUCUCGCCCGCCAACUCCCACUGCAUCAAGAUGUUCGUCUACCAGUACGACCGCAACGGCAAGCCCGUCUGCAUCUCCUCCUGA